UAUAUUCAUGAUCGGUUAUAAUUGCGUCUCGUGUCCCAAAAGUCAACACUUUCAAUAAUUUCUUUAGAGGGAGCUGACGAUUAUUUGAUGUGAUAAGAUUUAUACUAUUACUACACGUUAUCAAAACAUGGAUCUACUGCAGACAUUUGUAACGUUUUAUCUGGCAUCUGGACUGAGAUUCGAGAGGUAAUUACUCAAUGGACAUUAAUUAAUGGAAUGAUUGCAAUACCAACUACUUUUCAUAUUUAUAUCAUAUUGUACGUACUCUAAUAGAAAAACGUAUGAAAUUGUGACGUGCAAAAGCUAUUGUUAAAAUUUUACAUCUUACGAUCGCUGAAACCUGGGGUACCUUGUCUGUUAAACUGACACAAACUGUUCAACACACCCUAAAGAUGUUUCCAAAUAUGAUCAGCCCGUCUCCUCUUUACCACACGUUUUUCCGGACGGCACAUUUAGCAGGACAGCCAAAUGCUACGGCUGCCUCAGCUUCUUUUCUCGUGGAAAAUCUUUUAAGAGACAGAGGACAUGCCCUAUUAUCAAGAAAUGGACCCGGGGGAACGGGAAUGGUUCCCCACCCUGGGACAGGACAGAAUCAGGACGAACACAUCGCCACCUCGUCAAUAAGUGGUCAAAACCCGACCCCGUACCUAAAGUUUGGUGUAAACGCUAUUCUAGGAGCUGGAGGUGACCAAACGGCGAAAAUCAGUGAUAAGACACCGCUUACUCCAGGAAUGGUAAGCAGCCCGGGCUCUGCCUCCACCACCUCCCAUUCUACGUGCGUGAAAAGUUCGGGGUACGGCGGUCAACACUUCGGCUGUCAAGGAUGUUCUGUACGCCACCCGUCCGUGUAUGACAAUCAUUUCUCCGGGUUUCUGAGGCAUCCCUACCUCACUGCUCCCCCUCUCCUUCCGGUGCCCAACGCCUUUUCAUUUCUGACGAAUAUGCGAGGAAAACCACGAAGAGGGAUGCUAAGGAGAGCCGUAUUCUCAGACAUGCAGAGAAAGGGACUCGAGAAAAUGUUCCAGAAGCAGAAAUAUAUCAGCAAACCGGACAGAAAAAAACUAGCGGCAAAACUUGGACUUAAGGAUUCACAGGUGAAGAUAUGGUUUCAAAAUAGACGUAUGAAAUGGAGGAAUUCUAAGGAAAGAGAACUUUUAUCAUCUGGAGGUUCGCGAGACUCAACACUCACUGCCAAAGAGGAGACCGACUCUCAGUUUGACCAACCAUCUAAAGACGAUGACGACGACGACGAUGAUUUAAUGCACGAAAGACUCCCUGAUAACAACAGUGCUUUGGACUUAUCAUCUGAAAUUCCAAAAAGAGAAGAAGGAAGCGAUCCAGCAGAUUCGUCAGAUGACGAUGAUGAUUUAAUAGAUGUGUCCUAACGAUUUUUGUGUUUUCUGAUAAAACAUGAGGAAGAGAGACGCUAUUCAAUUCUCUAUCGUGAUGUUGUUUUUAAAAACACUAUGCUAGUCCAAUUCAUCUUUACCUGUAUAAUAAAUGUAUCCAUUGUUGAGGCAUUGACUGUAUUUUCCCAGACAUCUCUGAAGACAUUUGAUGGUACUGAAGCACUAAGUAUCCUGCUAAUAUUUAUUGACUUCGAAAAGCGUGAUGAUUUCGUGGUUGUAAUAGAAAUCAAAACGGGCAACUAGUGGAUACUUGUGAUUUUGUGGUUAUGAAUAUACGCAUUAAGAUUAAUGACUCGCAUUUGUUAACGAGAUUAAUUUGUCCUCGCCAAGAUUAACUCUGUAUGCUAUUUUUUACUAGGUUAAAGCUACACUCGUCCUUCGUAUUACAAAUAAAGUUACCUAUCGUAAUACAUAUUUACCAAUAUGUACCACAUCGUAAUACGUAUUACAAAUAAAGUUACCUAUCGUAAUACAUAUCUACCAAUAUGUACCAUAUCGUAAUACGUAUUACAAAAAAAGUUACCUAUCGUAAUACAUAUUUACCAAUAUGUACCACAUCGUAAUACGUAUUACAAAUAAAGUUACCUAUCGUAAUACAUAUUUACCAAUUAGGUACCAUAUCGUAAUACGUAUUACAAAUAAAGUUACCUGUGGUAAUAAGUAUUCCAAAUUGUUUUAACAUAUGGUCAUACGCUUCACACAUUAAGUUGAUUAUUAUAAUACAUGCUACAUACUAGAUUACCUAUUAUGAUGGUUAUUAUAUUAUAAUCUACUACACAUCGCUGUACAUGUACCGGUGUUACCUACCAUUUAACACUUUCUAUGACAUCCUUGUAACUACCACAUGCCCAUGACGUCAUUAACGACCAGUUUGAUUACUGAUAUCCAAACCUUAAGCUACAAAUAAAACAGGUGAUAUCAAGUAACCAUAGAAUCAGUAAACCAUUUAUUUGUCUAUCGUUCCGUAGGUAAUUCUACAUCAUCUGUCGACGUUUGCAACGAUAAUUGUUUAAAAUGUUAUUUCGAAAAUGUCUCCUCAAUUUAGAUUAAAUUCUUAUUGUGAGUCUGUUUUAUUAAAACAUUACAACGAUGAAUAUAUCAAAAUUCUACACGUCAUGGGUGACAAGAAGUAAUGAUGAAAAUCCUCCUCUUUUAAAAUAACAGAAAUAUCAUUCUAUAUGUGUUUUGUAAACGAGAAUGUUCUGAAAAGGAAACACAAUGGGCAAGCUUACUUAGAGCAUUCGGUCGGCUUUUCGUGUGCCAGGCCAGCGCAAAUCGAGUAGACCUUUUUGUAACAUUGCGUGACAAUCCGCAACUUUCUGGUUAUUUGAUAAUAUCUGUUAUACUUCAUCGGGAACACGAUCGUAAGUUUUAAGUUAGACAUAGAAAUGUAGGUAUGAAUUCAAUUAUGAAAAAUGUUAUGCAGAAAUGUGGCUUUCAAAGAGAUACUAGUACAUGUAUGUAUCGGUUUCAGAUAUUAUUUCAUAUAUUAUUUUAUACAAUUAAUCGAUAUACGCAUUUGGCAAACAACAAAAAACUUAUUUGUAUAUUAAUAUUGUCACGAUAAUAAAUUAUCUAUAAUUUCAUUUAAGCGUAAUGUAUUAAUAUUAAUUAAUUAACAAAUGAUCAAUAACAUUAUUUGUGGUUUAUAGGCGUUGUAGUGUGAUAUAUUUCUAUUGAUACCACACAUCUGUUGCAUGUGUACAUUCUGUUGGGGAAGCAAAAGGGUGGUAUACAAUAAAAAUAGACUGUUAUUGUAUUUUAAUUUAUUAAGUGUGGUUCAAUACCAAAGUGUGGUAUUUAAUCUAAAUAUGAAAAUGACCAUAUAUAACUAAACAUAUUAGGGUCAUUAUUUAUAUAUGUAUUGAUAGUAUAGGCGCGUGAUAAAGCUGGCUUUAAGUACAUGUAUAUAAAAAAAAAACUUCUGUAGGGGAAGACUGCUUAAUUUGUACAUACAUAUAAAUCGUUAUCCAAAUCAAUAUCAUCAGAAUUAGAACAAAAUGUCUUGAAAGUGCUGAUUAAAAUUACAUGUAUGACAGCAGAUAUUGUGAUAUAUUUAUACAGUGUGUAUCUGGUUUAAUAAUGUCGCUUCAUGUCUUAUAUAAAGAAAGUACUUAUCUGUCUAUACAUGCUACCGAGAUUAGGAAGGUUACGUAGCAUCAAAAGGCUAGACGCGACAUAUAGAACAAUUUUGUACAUAUUACCAUUACGAUAAGCUGUAUAUUUAUGAUGUAAUAAAAUUUCAGUUUAUGCCGGGCAAGGUUUCUGUCCUGGAUAGUUACUGAAGCCCUUCAGAAUGAUAUCAAUCACAGAUACAUCAAAAUUAGUAUGAUCUUUACUCGAAAUGAUAACGUAUUAAUUAUUUGCGACAUAAUGACAGUUAUCUAUAAAAUUUCGGCGUUAUGAUGUUUGGUGUAUGUUAUUGCCGAGUGUCACGGCCCCAGUUAAUAUGUUACAUUGUGACGUCAGAAAUGCUAUUAAAUUCUUAUUGAAUCAA